UGGCGCGCAAACGAGACGUCACUUCAGCAUUCAGUAUGAAAUAACAGUCUUUUGAACAAACGACAAAAUGGACGAAUGUGUUAUUCUGUGCUUUUGCCGACUUUUGCUAAUUUAUACGAAGCAAUUUCGUUCAUAAUCUAUCCACGAUGGCUUCAGCAAAAGAGUUAUUGAAACCCAGUUCCUUGGGUGCUUUUAAAGAACUGGUAGAAACAAUAGAGCAGAGCAAACAGCAGAGGCUUGCCCAAGAGUUUCGAAGCGAAGAGGAAUUGAACAAUCUAAAGCAGACGAGUUCUCUUGUCGCUAAGUUUCAAGAAGAAGCAGUGAGUGAGAAGCAAAACCGACUCUCUGCUGAGCUACAAGCACAGGAAAAGGAUCGACUGGCUUCCGAUGCGUGGAAAAUCAUCUCAGCUCUAAAGAAAGACAAGUACUCUCUAGAGUUACAAAUCGAAAAGCUAAAAUCUGAGAAAGAAAAAAGCGCACAGCUGGUAAACGGUAUCGGAUCUUCAAGUAAAACCCCAGCGGCUAUAACAGAAUCGAAAUCGAGCAUCGACAAAAACAAGCAGCAGCGGAAAAACCAAGCUGUUGCUACAGGAGAUGGAAAAAAGAGGAAAGAAAAAGAUGGAAACGCACUUGGGAAAAAAGAAAAUGAGAGAAACCAGAAUCAAAUGGAUAUGGGUGACUCCAAUAUUCACAACAAAAGAGUUGAAAAAAAUCGAUACAACUUUGAGAAAAAGAGUGUGACAACAGGAAAUAAGGUCGAGUCCAGCCUAUUGCGAGUCGUCAACAACAGUCAAAAGCAACGACAUCAGACAGUCUCGAGUGACGAUACGCCAGGUGAUUUGAUCUCAAUAUGGAGUGCCAGGCCACACCAAAAGACCUCAGUUGAUGGCACAGAUGACAACGAAGAGAAGAUCUCAGGGACUAGGAUAACAAAACUCGAGACGGAUAGCCAGUGUCGGGGCGAGAAAAAAGUGACUGAACCUAGAGGAAUUCUUGACGAGGGGCUAUCAUCACAUUUUGUCACGGAUAGAAAAUGUAAACCUGACGAGAGACGCAGGGUAAGAGAAAACUUAGCUGCCAAUGGAGAUUUUGACAAGCACGAUGAUGGUAGGACGGCUAUUGGUCGCUUUCAAGCACCAACAUAUGACUCUAGACCGUCUGAGAAGAUGAGCUACACGUUUGGCACGGCUGAGCCUUUACGCAAGUCCUCGCUACAUCGUGGUAAACCUGUGGAAAAGACUAGGGCGAAGGAGAGGUAUCUGGAGGGUGUGGCUGACGACCUGAAUGACUCAACAAAAGCUACACUUAAGAGCAUUUUGAAAACUCACAUUGACGAGCGGAGGAUGGAGCUACAGAAGUCAGGAGAAUUAGAAAAGGAUGUUGCCUGCACGGAAGGGAAAGCGAGGCCUUCCGAGGGCCUACGUGGCGGGGUUCUUGGAAAGCGGGUUCAAGACUUGGCGCGCCGUAUCAAGGUUGGACACGGUGCAGCGGUUCCACGUGGACACAGCGCGCAAAGUGGUCUAGCGGUUUAUGAAGAUUUGCGUGAUCCACAGCCUGGACUAUGCGGUCUCGAAAAUCUCGGUAACACCUGUUUCAUGAACGCCGGUCUGCAGUGCUUGUUUGUCAUCAAACCUUUCCAGAGAUUUUUUUUAAGUGGCGGUCACAAGAAUCAAAAUGCCACCAAACAUCACGAUAAAUCAAGGUUCAGCGAGUGCCUGGGUCGCCUGAUCGACAAGGUUUGGAGCGGCUGCUACCUAAUCUGCGAGCCCUCGGCAUUAUACAGUCUUGCACAGAAGUACAUUCCUCAGCUCUCGGGCUACUCACAACAUGACUGUCAGGAAUUUCUGGCACUCUUCUUAGAGGUGUUGCACCAGGAGCUGAACACAGCGAAGCCACGAAUGCGUAGAAGCCUUACCAACGAGCUGUGUGCAAAAGACGCAGAGAGCUGGUGGAGUUUAUACACGGAUAAGAAUGAAUCAAUCAUCGUCGAUACGUUUCAGGGUCAAUUUCGAAACAAGAUCACGUGUACUGCUUGUAGUCACGUAUCUGUGACAUACCAGGCGUUUUCCUUCCUUUCGCUGCCGCUGGCUAGUCAGAAGCUACAGACGUUCAUCGUUACUUUUGUUGGUCACGCUAAAAUGAACUCCGAUAAGCCUCGUGCGCUAAGAUUGCGGAUUUACGUGCGCAAGCCAAGCACCGCGAUGCAAGUAAAGCGUGCUCUGGUGGGGCUUCUACCUCCUGACGAGCGCCCAGACCUUGACACACUCAUACUCGGUGUGGUGUCCGACGGAGCACUGCUUGCUAUUCUGAGCGACAACGAAACUAUUUCCCCGUCUAAAGACAAGCAGAACAAGUACUACGCCUUCGAACCGGUCCCUCCACCUCUAUCCCUGGUCUCAAACUGUAUCAACACCAAAGACAACGACCAAACCACCAAGCUAAGGCCAAACAAGGACGUGAUCAUGGACGAGCCCCACAGGGAUCCUAAGCAACUGGGAUCGCGAAAACACAGGGAUCCUGAUCAUCUGGGAUCGCGAAAGCACAAAUACGACGAUUACGGUGCGGUAGGGUGUGCAGAGGGAGACGUAGUGGAUCCAUCAGGGCGUGGUCGAAGGAGGGAAGGAAGGGCGUCGUUUCCAGAGGGGUACCACCUUACAUUCACAUGCAGUCUUUGUCUGGAAGAUCGGACUAACGCGAUGCUGCUUACUCAUGACGGCUGUGGGCGGAUGUUUUGCAGACAGUGUCUUGGGGUUAUGCUAAAGGACGCCGAUAUAACCAUUGACUGUCCGAUUUGUACCAGACGAUCAAACACAAGCCGCAGUCUGAAGCACAGAUUCAGAUUCCACAACAUUCCGGUUAUGUUUAAACAUCGCACAGAGGAUGAGGACGUGGGAUGCCUGUUCAGCCACCCAGUCGUGGUGACUCUGCCUCAAAGGGUGACUGGGCACGACUUGUACGGACAUUUGUCAAGACUGCUUCCCGGCAACAACAACAAGCGACACGAGAUUACUGCCCUGCCAUUCACACUUCAUCUUGUUAACUAUGAGGGUAAGAACUGCUCCCGAUGUCCUCCAGCCAAGUAUUGUACCGGAUGCUGCAUAGUCGGAAAUGACGUCAUAGACCUUCGAUGGAACGACCAUAUCGCCAUCCAACUAACAAACUUGACAAGGCUAGAAAUGGAUAAGAUGAGCCGUUUUUCGGAUCACGAUUCUAUACGGGCAAAGACAUCAUCCUCAUGCAAGCUGCAGCUGCAGGACUGCUUGAGGACAUUCGUAGAUAGGGAGGAGCUUGAGGAUCUAUGGCCGUGCAGCAUGUGUAAUGCACAGCGCACCGCGACCAAGUCCCUGUCUGUCUGUCGAUUCCCCGACACGCUUAUCGUACACCUCAAAAGGUACCGACAUAGUAACCAGAAGAUCAUGGCGCCCGUGGACUAUCCUCUUGAAGAGCUGGACAUGCGCGAGUUUAUGCAAAGCGCAAACUCCCCGAGGGACUCCUCCCUGACUAACGGCGAGUACGUGUACGAUCUGAUUGGCUGUAUCUGCCACGAAGGAGAUCAUGACAGUGGUCAUUACAAGGCGUAUACCAGACACGGCCGGAACGCUGACUGGUAUCUGUUCGACGAUCACCUAGUUUCAAAGGAGUUUCCUGGAUCCUCGACCAAUAAGACGGUGUACCUUCUUUUCUACAACAAGCGCUCGGGCUCAUCGUUGAACGCUUCGGCCAUCGAUGAUAAACUGGUACAACGGCUGCAUCAGUCUGUAACUGAGAAAAAGAGCGCAGAACCACCCCUACUAAAGAAGCAGGAGAUACCUGCGGAGUAUGACGUCGUGACUGAUCCUCCGCCUCACUCCUGGAAAGAUAUGAUCGAUUCUAAAGAAAACUCCACCAGCACACCGUUGGAAAGGCCUAAGGAGAGACGAAAAUCACAUCAGGAAAAGACAAAAGUAGAGGUUGUGAAAGAGGUCAAAGCCAACGCGCAUGCGCAUAAUGCUGAGCCAGCCAAAUGCGACUGCAGUCAGUGUGAUUACCUGCGAGGACUCGAACACCAGCUAAAGCUUUCCAAGAAGCACACCGACAGCAGCGACCCCUCUUCCGACGUCCAGCACAUCUCGCAUAGGGACCCACACGAGCAACAGCGGGACAACCCUAGCUAUGACCAUCAGGAGGAACAAGUUAUCGACGAGAAUGACAAGGGGCCUAAGCACAGGCGGAAGCGGAGAGGGAGCAGUCUUGUGAGGGCAUCCUCCUCCAGCCCCUAUAGGAGCGGCCCAUACAGCGAUAAGGCAAAGCCGAAGAUAGAUCGCGUGUCUAGUAAGGAUUCAGGCGAAAGGGUGCCUUCUAGGGGUCAAGAGAAGGCUAAAUCUGAAAGGGGUGUGUCUGCGCGGAAAGAAGGAAGGGGAGGUGAUCAUAGCGCUACUGCUGAUGGCCGUCACGAGGAACGUUUAAAUCAACAGAGAGACGUCCUCUUCCCCAUAAUCAGCUCUGAUAGUCUUGACGAAGUGGACUCUGAUCAGUUCCAAGCUGGGGUUACAAGGCGUCUAUCAGCCCGACUAGACCACUACGAAACCAGCUGUAGCUCAGAAGAGACCCUUGUCCGAGAUGCAGCCACCAACACGGAACAACAACAAAACAAAAUGAGGCCACAGUCACACCAAAGAGAUUCCAGGAACUCGAUCAACUUAAGUAAACUGAGCUCUUCCCCUCACCAGAAAGAUCCCAAGAAUGCAGCGCAUUUCCAACCAAAGACUUGUUCCAAUCAUGCCAAAGAUUCUAGAGAUUCUAUCAAUUCCAGGAAUUUGAGAGAUUCCAGACAUCUCAGGGACGCGCAGCUGGUCCCGUCCAGUGGCAGCAACACGCUGGUCAGCACCACAUCGGUGGAGAGUGCCGUUCAAUGUAAUCUUCUCGACCACAACAACAAUCUGGACGAGAAUCCAGAGCCAGUCCUGUCCAGGAAGAGGACUGGUGUGGACAGCGGUGUCCAGGUCACACUAUCGGACGAUGAGGAUCUCAGGCGGGACAACAUGAUGGCGGAGAGGGUGACACGCGUCAGUGCAAGUGAUCCAUGCAUUGAGAUCAGCGUCGACAGUGAAACCGCACUAGUAACACAAAAGCUUGUAUUAGCUGUUGAGAACGAGGAUAUAAAGCGCGUCCUUCGACUAAUGCAAAAAGGCGCCGACCCGAGUCUUCUGAUAGAUGGAGUCAGCGCCCUUCACAUCGCCGUUGCCAUGACGUCAUCGCUAGGAUACCACUUGACGCGGUUGUUCCUGGACGCGGGCGCUGACCCAAACGUGCGGUCCGUGGACGGGCUCACGCCAGUACACGUGGCUGCCAUGUGGGGAAAGAAAGAGUGCCUGAAACUUCUGCUCAGUCGGGGUGGUAACCCGUACGAUGAAGAUGAUGACGGACUUACUGCAAUAGACCUGGCCAAAGCUUUUGAACAAGACACCAGUGCGGACACGAGCGAGUAUCUGAGUAAAUUGGACGAGCAUUACUCCUCGGCUAUCAACUCAGAUACUCUCAGCGAGGAGCCGGCAACAUCAACAGACUUGUCCGAAAUGAAGUACUUACCGUAUUUACAUGGAGAGGAUGUGGACAGACAGCAUGGACGUCGCCCAAGGGAGCGUAUCCCCGAAUACGUAGUACACACCCCAGAACCCAGCCUCCGACUUGAGGGGUGCGGCUCAUGGACAAAGAGAGCUCGCCGGAGAAUGAAGAAGAGUAAACUGAUGAGACAGCUAAGCGGGAGCGUGCGUCGGACCUCCAGUAGCUUUAUGAGUAGGCUCAGGAGUGUAGGGGAGUACCUAAGUACCAGCUCCACCAGUAUAAGACACUAACUUGCACCCUGACGACACCAUGGGUAUCAGCGGGUACUGCCAACAACAAGACUAAACUUGCUACAUGGCUUUUGGGAGGGAUGGAAGAUUUAGUGUGUGCAGGGUUUUUUUUUUAAUCAUUCUAUUCCUCCACUCAAAAGCCGAAUGGUCGGCCCUUUAAAAUAGCACUUUCAAACCCAGCACCGGCCUCCCCACCAUACUUUCACAGUAACGAUUUUUCUAUCAAAGUAUUGUUUUUUAACGCGAUAAUACUUUCUUAACACUGAAAAAAAUCUCUUCGAACUUAACUAAAAAAAACAACGAGGACCACCUGUGUGACCUUGACACAAUCCAGUCAAACAAUGAUAUAUUCGGUAACACAUAAAAUUUACAUUAAAAUAUUGUACAUUAAAAUACUGUUCAGUAAUAAUAGUGUACAAAAAAACUCACAACCCAGUGUCUGAUUGUUCAAAACAGUAAUUUCCAUCAGAAUGUCAUAUUUUUUACAAUUUCAUUCACAGAUUAUUUGAUGAAUUCUUAAUAUAAUUUAUGCGAUAAUUAUAUGUUUAACUGGAUAUAUGGAUAUGUGGAUUUAUCUAUUAUAAAUAUAUUUUUAUUUACUUUUGUGUCGAUUGGUGAAGUGAUGGCGAAGUCAUUAGUCAAAUAGAGCAACUUUAUCAUUAAUUUUCUUAUUGAGAAUGGCUUCCUCUGCAAUUCUCUCGGCUACAACUAUCAGAUCUUCCUCUUGUUUCUAAUAAGAUAAAAACGUCAUAAAAUAAGCAUAUUUGACAUGAAAACAACCGUACAAAUA